AUGUCCUAUUUUAGCAAGCUUUUGCCCUUUCCACCGAAUAUCGAAAAACAAGAAAUCCCAAAUGACGUAAACGAAAUCAUUCAAACCUUGAUUACUAAAGAGGCUUCGCUUUAACAAUGGGAAAGCAUUUCUUACGCCCUUUUCAACCAUAAAAGAUAUGAUGACUUCCUGGAAUUGAUGAAAUAUUUGACUAACAAUCUAAUUAAUAAGUUCAACGAUGAUCAAAGUAAGAAAAUCAAAAUAAGAAUCUAUAAUUCAUUAUCUUUAUAUUAUUUGAUUUAAGCCACAAGGUAGGAUGGCUUUGAUAAAGCAUCAGACUACUUUGACAAUGUGGUCAAAAAUUUCAACUUAUCAGAUAAAUACGAUUUUGUCAGCCACACAUUUAGUAUUAAAGGGUUGUUCUCAUUUUAUAAGGGAGACAAAGACUAAACAUUUAGUUAUUACAGAACUUCAUUCGAUGAGACAAGCUCCGCAAGAGAUACCUUGUCUGUCACUCCUUGCAUUGGAACCGCAUAAGCCUAUUUCGCAGUUGGUAAUUAUAAGGAUUCUUUAUAAUAUUUCAAAAGAGCCCUUAAACACAAACCAAAUAUUGCCGGCAAAGCAAGAUUGGGAUUGGCAUAUUGCUAUUACAAUCUGGAAUAAUACUCAUUGGCUUACUAUGCAUUCAAGAGAGUCUUGCAAUUGGAACCUCGAAAUGUAGAGGCUCACAUUGGAUUGGCAGUUUUAGCUUUUGACAAAGGAGAUUAUGAUGAGUAUUUCAAUAGGUUAUGCAAAGCCUUUACUAUUAACUAGAAUCAUCCAAUCACUCUGUAUCAUUUGAGUGAACAUUACCUAUUUAAGCUAGAUUAUUAGAGAGCUAUGAUCUGCAUAUAAAAUGGAUUAAAAGCUUUGGAUAAUGUAUCAAGGUUUCAAUUCAAAGAGAAAUCUUAAGAAGAUCAGUUCAGGAAUGAUUGGUCAUAGUUGAAAUGCAGAUAUCUCUAUUUGAUAGGUUUAAUUAAGCAAAUUGAAGGCGAAUACGAAUAAUCUCUCAAAUAUUAUAACCAAGCCAAGUAGUACAACAGAAACAAUGUUUUAGUUCUACUGGGGUUGUCUUAAUUAUACUUGAAUCCUUAAUCUCAAAAUUACACUGAAUCCUACAAAUUGGCAGAAAAAAUCGCUAAACAAUAUGAAAAUACUGAUUUCAUGUGGGAAUUAUAUAAAUAAUUAGCGUACAUCCAAUCAAAAAAUCUACAAAUUCGUAAACCAGUUAUUGAGACUUACAGAAAGGCAUUGCAAUAUAAUGAUAAGGAUUUUGAAACAUUGAUUGAAUUUGCUUAAUAAAUAGAAAAUGAGGAUGCGUCAACCUAUUACUAAACUGCUGAAGAUCUACUCUUAUCAAAAUUUAAUAAUUAAAAGAAUACUAUGAUUCUACAAAAAAUAACAGAAUAAAUCAUAUUUCCAGAAUUAUACAUUAAUAUGGGUGUUCAUUUGGCUAAUACCGAUUUAUUAAAAGCCUUGAAGAGUUAUGAGAAAUGUUAAUAAUUGAUAGAGGAAUUUCAGAUUCCAGAUUAUGUUGUAGACACUACAGAGGAGGCUUCUAAAUAGGAAGUGUAACUUAAGAAAAAUAUGUAUCAGAUUGUCCUUUCGUUUAACAAAGGCAUUUUGAUGGAAUAAUUGGGAGAUUAUGUGACAGCCAUGGAAUUACAUUAAUAAUGCAUCAAGAUAAAUCCUUAUUUUAUUGAUAGUUAUGUGAGAUUGAGUUAUUUGCAAUUUCAUCUUGGAGAUUACAAAGAUGCUUUACGAACUAUAUCAGAUUCUAAAAUUUAUUAUGAACAGUAUGUUAAUCAUAACAGGAAUUAUAAAGGUUAGAAUCCUGUUCCUAUGAUUCACGGAUACAUAGCAUAUCAACUAUAGGAUUAAGGAGGAGCAGUUGAUUAAUUCAAAAGAUAUGGAGAGGAUUGUUAUUCAAAAAUCUUCUUAAUGGCUCAUGAUUAUCAAUUGGCAGCUGAUAAAACUAAAAAUGACGAUUAGCAAUUCAAAAAGAAAGUUUUGAGACAAAUUGCCAGUACAGGCAUGAAGUUACUGUAACAUGAGCCAAAAAACUUAUAAGCUGCUAUUACUUUGAUAUUGGUUAUUGCGGAGUUAGGCAAAUACACAGAAGCCCUGAAUUUAUUGGGAGAUCUUUAAGAAUAUGCUCAUCAAUAACCAAGAAUUCUUAGCAAUUUGGCAAUCUUGGAUUGUUUGAUAAUGCCUAAUAAUAAUUAAUCAGCUAAGACUUACUUUAAAAAAUAUUAUGAGAAAACCAAUUAUAAACCAGAUGAACAUACUGAUCUUGCUGUUGCCAAAAUGUAUCUGAAUAAUAAGAAAUAUCGAGAGAGUGCCAAUGUCAUUAAAAGGCAAAUUCUCAAUAAUCCAGGAGAUUUGAAACAUAGACUUAAUCUCAAUAUGGUGGUUCAUUAAUACUGUUAUGAGAUACAAGAGGAGAAAUGUUCUUAUAAACUAUUGAGAACAGCAGUAACCUACUUUAAAUGCUUAUUAAAGAGUUAUGAAUACAUGUCGUAAGGAAUCUGUUGGUCAAAUAGAGAAUAGUAGCAUGAGACUGAACAUAGACAUAUCAUCAGAUAGAAUCAUUAAUUAAUGAGAUAGAAGAGCGAGGACAAGUUUAACUUUAUUCAUAGUUUUUAAACCAACUUUGAUAAAUUACUGAAAGAGGCAGAGGAAAAGGAAAAGAUUAAGGAAGAAGAAUAAUAAAUGUUAGAAUAAUAGAGAAGAGAGAAACUAGAAAAAGCAGCAACUUAAUAACAGCAGAAAUAAGAACAAAUAGAUUCUACUUAAAUGGAGAAGUUAGCUAGAAUUGCUGCUGAUUUAUUGAGUAAUCUAAAUAUGGAUUAGGAGUUUGAAAAUUAAAUUCAGGGAAAACAAAGCAAAUAAGGUAAGUUAAGUAAGAAGGAAAGGAAGAGGAGAUAAAAGGAGUAAGCCAAAGCUAAGAAGGAGGACGACGAAUUCAUUGAAUCUGACGAUGAAGAUUAUAAUUCUGAAUAGGCUGAAAUUGAUGAACAAUAUGCGAAAGAAGAGAUUGGCGAGGAUUCAGAAGAACAAUUAAAUGAAUAAGAGGCUUAUGAAAAGAGAAAUACUAAUAAGUAAUCAAAGAAAAAGAAGAAAAUCAAGUAGAAAGAAGUCAAAUAAAAAUCCAGAUUACAAAAAUAAGUUGAUAUUAGUGAUUAAGAAGGUGUCUAUGAAUCGCAGGACUCUAAUAAAUAUGAAGAUUUAUUUUGA